GAACAUGAAAUACCUGAACCAAAAAAUUAUUACAAUUACGAUAAAGGGACGAACCCAGAUGUUUGGUUUGAACCUUGUCAGGUUUGGGAAGUAAAAACUGCUGAUCUUAGUAUUUCACCCAUUUAUAAGGCUGCUUUAGGAAAGAUUGACCCAUCUAAAGGUGUAUCUUUACGUUUUCCACGAUUUAUUCAAAUACGGGAAGAUAAAAAGCCGGAAGAUGCGACCACAAGCGAUCAG